UGGCACCGGACACAAUGGUGUCUUGCGUCUUCCAUGCUCGUUCGUUCCAAAAUUGUUGUUGUUGUUUUUUGGCCACCCGCUAUAAAACAUAAUGAAUGAUCGUAAUAUGAAACUUGGUUCAUCUUUAAAAUUAAAAUACUUGCAGCUUGGUUGUGAUACAAAACGUCACUAAUAAUACAGACUUAAUUAAGCCAAAGAUGGGAUGGAGCUGCAAGAGUCGUCUGAAGUCGGAAUUUAACUCGAGAAACCUUUUCAUGGACCACAACAAUCCAGCAACGUUUGUCCAGUUUCAGUUUGGCGGUAAAACAUUUUACACUUUGUGGAGACUGCUGGGUAUUUUGGUGUCGGCUGGGCUGGUUGCCACCAGCCUCCAAUUAACCGUUACCAGUGAUGACGUAGUUCAGAGGUGGCCCAUCUAUCUGACCAACUGGAGUCUCCUACUGCUCGUCUUCAACGCGCUGCUGGAUUUCUCUGCCUCACUGUAUACACAAAUCAAGCGCAAAGACUUGCUAAUAGGAAGACCCCGUGUUUUGCCGUGGUAUCUAAAAGUUGUCUGGGUCAUACACAACGUCUCGCAGUCAUCUACCUACUCUGUUACCCUGCUAUACUGGACUUUAGUUUAUAACGGUGGGGCAACAGUUGAAGGAAGCAAGGUAGUACUUUACUUGGGACACGGACUGAACUGUAUCUACGUCACUUCCGUUAUCUUGGUUUCUGGUAUCCCUACUCGACUGUUGCACUUCUAUCAGACAUUUGUAUACAGCGUCGCCUACAUAGUGUUUAGUAUCACGAACCGAGGUGCGGAGAAGCACGAAACACAUGCCUAUUACUUUCUCGACUGGUCGGUGCCAUCUAGGGCGUGGCCUUACGCAAUGUUGUUGGUGCUCGUAAACGUUGUGUGUCACUGCGCGGUGUUCUUUGUCGUCUGUCUCCGAGAAUUUGUUACGUCAAAAGUUGUUCACGCCAGAGGAGAAAAUAGUUGCUACGUGGAUAACGAAGUUGAAUAUUUAGAAUUCAGUAGUGAUCGCAGGAUAAUCACGAAGGGGGAUGAGAAUCAGCAAAAGACGAGGCUGUUAGUGCCAAUGAACCUAUUAGAUACGAUUACGUAGAGCUCAUGCUAGAACAGACGCAGUGGCGUAGCCCGGGGGGGGGGGGGGGCCGGGGGGUCCAUGCCCCCCAAUUUUUACCUUUUCGCUUAUUAAUAACAUUAAAAAGGUUCCUGUGUCAUAUCCCACUACACAAGUGACCCCCCCCCCCCCCCAAUACAAAAUCCUGCCUACGCCAUUGAACAGACGUGGAUCUGUAGCCCUUCCCACCUUGAACGCCUUUUUUUCAUGCUAUAAAAUGUACUUUGAACAACGUAUGUAUUUCUGAGCCGUGUUUUCUAAAGUAGACACACAAAUAGUAUAUUUUUGUUAUUUUCAAAACACGAUUAGUUUUCUUCUUAUGUCAAACCAAAGUAAAAUUAUUUACAAUUUUUUUUUUUUUAAUAGAAUGAUGGGACGAACUAUAGAAGUUUUUUUCCUUUUUUAAAUAAUAGGGUGGUCCAUAACAUUAAAGUGACAGACCCUAGUUUUUAAAAACUGCGGCGUAUUUUUCACCCUUAAAGGUCUUAUUCAAUAAUUGAACUUAAUAUCCCCGCCUGUAGAAUCCCAUGAGGUGACGUCAUAGCGCGAAGUGCACAUGGUGUGAUGCGUAGGCUAUAGCAGAUAAGAAUAAGUGACAAAACAAAUUGGAGAGAUUCCCGUACUGCGUGAUGCAUUAUGGGUAAUGUCUUGUGUGUUGCGUUUUCAUCUCUCCAAAGAGAGAUGAUUACGUAUAACGUGAGAAUUACGGCAGAGCCGGUUUAAGGAUCCGUGGGGAGUGUAGCACAAAUUACAGCGGGACCUCCUUCCCAGGAUAUAUAUAUAUAUAUAUAUAUAUAUAUAUAUAUAUAUAUAUAUGUUGCAACCCCUCAGGAAGAGGUGGGGAGGGGGAAAUGACCCGGGGAAAAUAAAUGUAGGCCUACACAUCACCGCGGGCCGCCCUGAAGCGCGUGGUGGUAACACGUGCUACAUGUGCUACUAGGAUAAACCGGCUCUGGAAUUACGUAAUGAGUAUUAUGCACUACAUACACUGUGGAUCCUACUUUUUGCUUGAAACGUGCGGGGUCUACAAAAAUGGGGUAGUCAAAGAAGCUUCUUGUUAUAUCUAAAACAUAUCCAUUGUGUAUAUGUUGACUGAAACGCUGUGUGUAGCAGUUUUAGCCACACAUGUUACUAUUGUCGUUUAUGUGAUUUCAUUUAGUGGUAUACACCCUGCUAACGUGACUGUACAUAGCCAUAGAUUUUAAACAGUUUUGGGGAGGCUCAAUUCAGUGCCGCAUAUUAAACAACGUAUCGACGCCAUUAUUGUUCGUCAGUAAUUUUACAACAUAAUUAAAGUUUCCGUUCAUGCAUGUCUAGAUAUUAUAAUGCUGUUAACUUGUUUGAUAGUUCUAACAACUAAAGUAGUGUCGGAAAUAGAAUAAAAAUAAUUUUCGUCAAUUAUUUCUUUCAUAUUAAACUG